GUCCUAUCAGUCAGGGGAGUAGUGGAUACAGUGCUGAGCCUCCAGGGAGCGGCUGCCGCCAGGACUGGUGAGUGAGGUACUCGGUAUCACUAUGGGGAGGGUAUGUUAUUUACAGAGUAACCUGCUCAUUACAGCCUCCAGCUAACCUGAGAGGGGACUGUCUCCACCACUACCACCAUCACUACCACCAUCACUACCACCAUCAUCAUCACUACCACCACCACCAUCAUCAUCAUCAUCACCACUACCACCACCAUCAUCACUAUCAUCAUCACUACCACCACCAUCACCACCACCAUCAUCACUACCACCACCACCAUCAUCACUACCACCAUCAUCAUCACUACCAUCAUCACUACCACCACCACCAUCAUCACUACCACCAUCAUCAUCACUACCAUCAUCACUACCACCACCACCAUCAAUACUACUACCACUAGCUCAUCACUACCAUCAAUACUACCACCACCACCAUCAUCACUACCACCAUCAUCAUCACUACCACCACCACCAUCAUCACUACCACCUCAUCACUACACAUCACCAUCAUCAUCACUACCACCAUCAUCAUCAUCACUACCACCACCAUUACCACCAUCAUCACUACCACCAUCAUCAUCAUCACUACCACCACCAUUACCACCAUCAUCACUACCACCAUCAUCAUCAUCACUACCACCAUCACUACCACCACCACCACUACCUCCACCAUUACCAUCAUCACUACCACCACCACUACCACCAUCAUCACUACCACCAUCACUACCACCAUCACCACUACCACCAUCACUACCACCAUCACCAUCAUCAUCACUACCACCACCAUCAUCACCACUACCACCAUCAUCACUACCACCACCAUCAUCAUCACUACCACCAUCAUCAUCACUACCACCACCAUUACCACCAUCAUCACUACCACCAUCAUCAUCAUCACUACCACCAUCAUCACUACCACCACUACCUCCACCAUCAUCAUCAUCACUACCACCACCAUCAUCACCACUACCACCAUCAUCACUACCACCAUCAUCACUACCACCACCUCCACUACCUCCACAGAGUCAUCAUCACUGCCACCACCAUCCCCACCACUACCAUCAUCAUCACUACCACCGUAUUCAUCCGCUACCACCACCAUCAUCAUCACUACCACCACCGCCACCUCCAUCAUCACUGCUACCGCACUACCACCAUCACAUCCUGCCGCGCCACAUCGUAUGCCUGCCAUCAUCAUCAUCACCACUACCACCUCCACCAUCACCACCUCCACCAUCAUCAUCAUCACUACCACCAUCACCACCUCCACCAUCAUCAUCAUCACUAUCACCACUACCACCAUCAUGAUCAUGACUACCACCACCACUACCACCUCCACCAUCACUACCACCAUCACUACCGCCACCACUACCACCAUCACCACCAUCUCCACCAUCACCACCACUACCACUACCAUCAUCACCACUACCACCAUCACCACUCCCAUCAUCUCCACCACUACCACCAUCAUAACUACCUCCACCAUCACUACCUCCACCAUCACUACCUCCACCAUCACCUCCAACACUACCACCUCCAACACCAUCACCACUAUCUUCCUUCACCAUCACCACUACCUCCACCAUCACCUCCUCCACCAUCAUCACCUUCACCUCCAUCACCACCACCAUCAUUACUACCAUCACCACCACUACCAUCACCUCCACCAUCACCACCUCCAUCAUCACCUCGACCAUCACCACCACAGGAGGAUUUCACUGCUAUAAAACCUGUAUGAAAGUCUCCCAUUGGCUGAAAUCCCCUCGCUGUCAGUCGCUGUAUUGAGACCAAGAAGGGACGAGUUAUGUGUAUUCCCAAUACUUCACAUAAGGCAGAGCGACCGCUGUCCGGUUUGGCCGUGUCUCAGGAGGAAGGCAUUGUCUGUGGUGGCUCCUGCGGGAUCCUCCAUCGCCCUCAGUUGGUGUGCAGUUACAUCACUUACGUGGGCUCCUGGCAGGUGACGCAUCUGAAGUUGGAAAGGACCCACCAGAUAAAGAUGGCAGAGGCCAAGAGGGACAGCUUUGGGUAAAGCUCACUUUCCCCUGCGCCCACUGGCUACCGGACUGCAAGCGGAGCAGUCGCCAUCCAGGAUAAAAAAUAUGCUAACCUGAGAGGGGAACUAACCAGGAUUAUUCAUUUUAUCAGAAUCCCAGAUAUUCAGCAUUAUGUGAAAAAUAACAGAAAUCCACGUCUGUCAUUGAACAUGGCGUGUCCGUCUUGGUUCUCUAUCACUGUUAUAAAUAUUUCCUGUGUCCGUCAUUGUCGUUUGUGAUAGAACCAAAAAAAGGAAAUAGCGUCUCUGUUCUCCACGUUUACAUUGUGUGCACCGGCUCUGCCUGGAGUGAACCGCGUUGGGAUAUCACUUUCUAAAUCAUUAAUAUACAUUUAAAGGACAAUAGAACAUCAAAUUUAAAAAAAAAAGGUUAACGUAAGUUAUAGAUGGCUUUUAUUAUGUGGUUUAGGGGAUACUUUGUCAUAUGUAUAUUCCCUAUGCAUGCGCAAGAGUGCCACCCUGACAUGGGCCCCUGGCAGAGGAAGUGCCAGGACCUGCAGAGCACCUGCUGCAUGAAGCUGGCGGUGGGCAUGAUACAGAGCUUCAGGGAAGUGAAAGUCACCUUCCCCAGCUCUCACGGCCCACCCCACUGCAAGACAAAUAGUCACCAUCAGGACAAAAAUAUGCAAAGAUCAGAGAUGGUGACAUAGCCGCCUUAAAGGGAAUCUGAAAGUUACAAUGCAUUUAUAAUACAGGCAAUUAAGUCAAUUGAAAAAUGCAUGUAGUAUUUUUGCGAUAACCCUUUGCUAACCGCUAAAUCUUUGGUUUUAUUAGAACGGUUUGAUGAUCUGCACCAAGUUUAAAUUUAAUUGUCUCUCUCAUUUUAUUUCAGGUGUAAUGUGUAAAUUAAAAUGCAUUAUGUACCUGUCAUUUAAGAGUCACAGAAUCUUCUAAUUCGUGUGCACAACCCCAGAGCCUGUUCUCAGGCUGCCUGAUUGGCUUAAUGAUGACAAACACAAACCGGAAUCAGAUGACUGAGAAGAUCCUGGAUCUCACCCUGGAGGUCAACUACCUGCUGACUGGAGAGGUGAGGGAUUCUGAGAAUGUCACAGUGACCACAUAAUGACACGUGAACAAUUUAUAUGUGAGGUACACACAUAAUGAAUAUGAAUAUAAAGGGAUUAAGAAGUAGUAUCGUGGUGGCUGUCUUAGUGUUCUGUUACCCAUGAAGGAGGGAGGACUAUAGGGGGAAAUACACCACAACGGUUUACGAUCAGACUAAUACUCAAACAAAUUAAACAUUUGAAUACUGAAGCUAAAGCACAAAUCUCAAGGAAGGUCCACUUCACCUGUCACUGCUAGAUUGUCCUAUAAUAAAUGGAGUAGUAGAGGUCACAUCGCAGGUAUGUGGUAUAGAUGUUCUUGAUGUGAUCCCAUAGAGCAAGGAGAAGAUUUGAAAGCACAGCAGGACACCGCAAUGUACAGUAGUGAUUUCGGAAGCUGAGUUACAGCAUCUAAGUGGAAGUUUUUAGCCUGUUUCUGGGAUAGUAUAACAGCGGGCAGCGAAUUUAGUGAGGAACUUCCCCGUUGUGCAUAUUUUCAGCUGUAUCUCUACAUUUAAAAGGAUACUCUAAGCAUCUAACAGUCUUUAGCUCGCUAACGUGUUUUCUGUGUGACGAGGGUGUCCUGGUUUGUUUUCCAUUUUACAAAAAGUGCAGACAUGAAUAGAAACUGUCACUUUGAUAAAUGAACCUUGUUACACCUCUUCCCAACAAUCAGACAACUGGUCCUGUUACUUCCUGGUUUGUUUAGCUCUCUGGAACUAAACUCAAGAGACCGAUUUCUGAGAGCACCUGCCUUGCAAAGACUUCUUAUUGAGCUGGAUGGGAGGUCUGUGAUAGGACAGACACAGAAAGUCGCGGGUGUGGGGGUGGGGGGGUUAGAAAGGGAGGGCUUGCAAUAAAUUGAUAUAUAUCUCCAUAAUCCAGGUAGCAAGGUUGCAUAUUUCCAUUCUGGCUAUGCCUAGGGCUGUGUUCUAGAAUGCCCGGAUGAUCUGUAUCAUUUCAAAAAUGUCACAUAUAAAGUGUAAGAUUAGAGAACUUCAAUUAUUUAUCUAUAUCGCCAACAUAAGAUGUACUAGCCUCCACUGGCGAGAAUUUAAUUUAAAGCAUUGGGGUCGUUCUCCCCCAGAAGAACAGGAGCUAGUCUCCGGCAGGGCUGCCAUUUGGUGCUAUAUCUUGGCAUCCAUUUCCGAAUGUUGUUUUUCUUAAGUGAUUCUCAGGGGAUGUUUUUUGUCCAAAUUUAUCAUUGGUAUUAGUAAGAAAAAGGCAGAUUAUAUCUGAGCUUAUACAUUGUCUGCUUUCUGUGACCCUCUCGACCUGUCCGCUCUAUCCUGUUUGUUAAGAUUAAAUCUGCCUGAAGGACAAACGUCUUAUCCCCUAAACAUUUCCUGCAUUGGAGUUUAUGGAGUAAGGGAAACUUCGUAGUUCAUUAUAAGAGCCUCCUGAUUGGUGGAGCCGCUAUAUGGUCUCAGGCAGGUCUGCUCACUGUGCACAUAUAAUUUUAUAUAUCUAUCUAUCUCAUAAUUAUAUAAUCAUCAUCUAAAAGGAGGAUAUUAUUGGUCGACAGUCUCAUAGUCCUUGUUAGAUUUUCGUUGUUGUGAUUAACCUUCUCUGGUGCCGGUCCAGUUACUCCAGUUGGUGAGCACUUUAAACAUUUAUACAUACUGGCUUUUUUGAUGCAGUCUGUUUAAGUCUGAACUUUACAGUUAAAUCCUGUUAAAGAAAUAUAUCUAUAGAAGGUGUUCCUCUCCAUAAAUUCAUAUUUAUUAAACUCUCCCUCGUUAUAUAGGAUUGUAUCGUUAUGAAGAGACCGGGUGAGUCUGUGCAACAGAGCCAUAGUCCUGGUUUGUCAGAUGGUUCUGACAGGGCCCAGAGUCCCAGCACGGUGUCUCCACCUCACUCACUGAUCCAUGAUGGAAACAAUGAGCAGAAGGUCCUGAAACUGACAAAUCAGAUCAUCCACCUGCUGACUGGAGAGGUGAGGCUGCUGUGAAUAGGACAUCAUAGAGUAAAACCAAGGGAUGUGUCUGGAUGUAUCACCCUAAGAGCUAUGUUCAUGUCACACUGUAAUUUUCUUGUAGGUGUGGGAGUAUUUAGAGAGACACAAUCUGCUUUAUAAUGAUGUCGUGACGGACACUCGCCGGCCUGUGUGCCCAUUGGGUAAGAGAAGGUUUCAGCAAUGUGUUUAUGUAUAGAGCAAAUAUAAGGGAGAACUUAUCAAAGGGCCAGUAUUUCCAACUCUUGUUACAUAUUAACCCCUUAAGGACACAGCUUCAGAAGCUUGUCUUACCCUUAAAGGGACACAAUAGUCACCUGAACAACUUUAUCUUAAAGAAGCCGUUUUGGUGUAUAGAACAUGCCCCUGCAGCCUCACUGCUCAAUCCUCUGCCAUUUAGGAGUUAAAUCCCUUUGUUUAUGAACCCUAGUCACACCUCCCUGCAUGUGACUUGCACAGCCUUCCAUAAACACUUCCUGUAAAGAGAGCCCUAUUUAGGAUUUCUUUAUUGCAAGUUCUGUUUAAUUAAGAUUUUCUUAUCCCCUGCUAUGUUAAUAGCUUGCUAGACCCUGCAAGAGCCUCCUGUAUGUGAUUAAAGGUUCAAUUUAGAGAUUGAGAUACAAUUAUUUAAGGUAAAUUACAUCUGUUUGAAAGUGAAACCAGUUUUUUUUUUCAUGCAGGCUCUGUCAAUCAUAGCCAGGGGAGGUGUGGCUAGGGCUGCAUAAACAGAAACAAAGUGAUUUAACUCCUAAAUGACAGUGAAUUGAGCAGUGAAAUUGCAGGGGAAUGAUCUAUACACUAAAACUGCUUUAUUUAGCUAAAGUUAUUUAGGUGACUAUAGUGUUCCUUUAAGGACAUAAGCCAUUUUUCCUGUUUGUGUUCAAUCGCAAUUUGCAUCUCUCUCUUUUAUUGCACCAACACAUAUUAUAUACUGAUUUUUAGAGGACAAAAAGGGCUUUUAUUCGAUGUCACAUAUACAUGUAUAAAUUCUCAUUAAUUAUAAAAUGUAGUCCCUGCCAAUUGAUCACUGUAGUCCGUGAUCACUGGCAGGGAAGGGGUUAAUUUUUAUUUUAAAUGGUUAGAGGGGGUGGGAGUUAGCUUUAAUUAUUUUUAUUUUUUUUACACAGGUCACUGCUGAUCCAUCUUCCUGCACUUCACACUGACCACAGAAGCGCAGGGUCAGGAGAUCCUGCAGCACAUGUGCUCGUUCUGAUAGCCUGUCAGAGCGAUCUCAGCUGCAGGGACAGCGCGAUCAGGUGCUUCUGGUCUGCCUCGAAUACCGAGGCAGAACGGAGGAGUGUCAACCCCGUGAUUUAGUCGAUCGCGGCGAUCUGUGGUUAACUUUAGUAAAUGAUGGAAAUGUUCUGCCAUGCAUGCUUAACGCUAGGAUAAGCAUGAUGGGAAAUAUCCGUCUUGCGUCGGUAAGGGGUUAAAAAGCUCAUCUUCAAGAUUAGAAUUGUUCUUACUUAUUUUAACCCUUUAUUUUAGUGUAAUUUUGAAAAUGUUCUUUUUGUCUUUUAUUCAGUACCACUAAUUAUUGUAGGAUUAUACACCCUGUUUACCCAUUUCCUCUAAUUAUACUGGUACGAGGGAGUUCCUCCAAGCACCAUGACUACUUCUGCUUUUAGAAGUGGUCAUGAUGGGUAGGAGUCUGUAUGUGCAGUGUUUCUCCUAGAGAUGCUGUACAUUUUGCAUUUGUGUACCAGGGACUAGUAACACCGCAGGCACACGUUAAUUACGCAGCUUGUUCCAGACUGUCUAAUGUUCUCUUUUGGUAGGUAUAAAACAUCCAUGGUAAAGAAGGCCAUUAGUUCUUAAAAUGACUGCAGCAGAGAGCUGAUUUCCCACAGCUUAACUCCACUGGUAUAUUAGAAUAAUUCAGGAACAAGUAUUAAAUCCAGUAGGGUAACCAGCACAAUCAGCAAGGCAAUCCAAUAAUAUCCCAUCACCUUUCCCAAUCACUGGAUGACACACAGGUUCAGGAGUAGAACUGAAGUUUAAUGACACAAUUCCUGCUUUUAUGGGAUUCUCCCAUGCAAGGGAGGUAUCCACCAUAAUCAUUACAGUAACCAAUAACAUAGACGUUACCUCCCACACAUCUCCUCCCCUUAGCUUAAUAGUUAACAUAAUUAUAAUGUGCAUACUUUUCCCCAAUUCUUGGAUGUACCCCAAAUAUGGUAGGUACACCUUUAAAUGUCUGAUCUGGGUGAGAAACAUAUCCAAAAAUCACCCAGAUCAGACCAGGGGUUCGGGAGUUAUGAGGACACAAAGAUUUGACCAACCGCACGGGCAAAGUAGCCGAAAAUAGUUCCAUGAGUUUUGGCCCUGCGGUCGGUCUCCGUUCGCGCAUCAAAAGUCCCGAAAGUCUAUGCCAUCUAUAGUUGAGUUCGCAUUCGGAUGAAUCCCCUAGUUCGUGGGAUUCAUCCUAAUGAAUGACAGGCCCUUCAUGUGUUUUGAUCGUUACUUUCUGAAGUCCUGGAGGUCUUAGCGGUGUUCGGUUAGUCGAGUGUCUGAUUUUAGUUCCAGACACUCGCCGACCAAACACCGCUUUUCGGGAGUUUACAAUGGCCCAGGAAAACAGCAGAGCGUUCGUGUGUUUUAAACCUGGGGAAUGUAACGAGCAUACAGGGAGGUAAAUUACAGUCACACUCCACAUCAGGGGUCCCGUUGUUCGGCACUUUAGUUCAUAUGGUGAAUACAGCGGUUCACAUGCAGACUUGUAUCUCUUUCCACCGACGACCUUGAUGAAUCCUAGCAUGGCCACAUAAAAUUGUAUGCAAAUCUGUAUAUUCCAGGCACAGGAAAACUCUUAGGUUCCAACAAUAAUAUUAUACAGGGCAUGUAUGGGACAGCCAAAGGGGUUCUGCUACAAUGACUAAUAUAGAAAUAAUAAUAUAGUGACAGCAUAUAAGAACCAUUCGGCAUAAUAUAAUGUGACAGCAGAUAAGAACCGUUCGACCCAUCCAGUCUGCCCAAUUUUAUAAAUAUUUCCAUUAGUCCCUGGCCUUAUCUUAUAGUUAGGAUAUCCUUAUAAAAGAUGUGGAGGGGGUAAGGGCUGCGCCUGGGGCUAGUACAGUAGCCUAUAACAGUAACAACCAGACCAAAUAGUCUAAAGUGAGAUAAAGGAGCUGGUAUGCCUAUGUGGAUAAUAAAAAGUCUCACUAAGACAACAGAAUAAAAUAAGGCUGUGGUCCUCAGGAGUUGAUCCAUCCGUAUAUAUGGGGAGAGACAAAAUAUCCGUAUAUAUGGGGAGAGACAAAGGGGAAACACGACAGACAGCCGGUAGUGUAAUAUAGCCAAGAUCCAAUAAUAAUAAGAAGGUAAUAAACUCACAUUUGAGAGAGCUCUAACCAGCUCUGGAGUGAAGGGCGUAUAGCUGUAUUAUCCCCAAUAGAGGAUAUAGUGGAGAAGUGCGUCCGUUAAUCUGGUCUGAUUUGUCAAUGCUCCGGGAUAUAUAAAAAAACAGCAAUAGUGCUCUCAAUAUAUAAAGAAUGAGUAAUAAAUUAUAAACUAUACUCUCAAACAUAAAGCAGAAGGCACUGCUCUAUUAACACAGUGUUGGUGGAAUAAUCUUUUGAUGUUUAUUAACUAAAAUGUUUGAAAUAUGUUUAAAAUUUAUUUAAGGGACACUAAAGGCACCCAGACCACUUCAACUCUAUUUUUAACCCUGCAGUGUAAAACAUUGCCGCUUUGUAGGAAUUGUAAUGUUUUAUUUGCAAGGUUAACACAAGUCUAAUAGCUGCUCCUAGAAAGACUUUGAUUGGCUUAGAGCAGCCUUUUGCUGUGUGUGUGCACCAGCGUCCCUGUGUGUCCCUAUGGGGAAUCAUCGGAUCUUAAUGAUCUCCGCCAUGAAUAUGUGGGACCAGUGCAUUCUGGGAUAUAAGAGAAGUAAAGGGUGUUGGGGGUGGCCACCUAAACAAUCAGGAUAACACUAUAGCAUUCAGGAUACAUGUUUGUACUCCUAACGCUACAGUUUUGUUUAAAUUGCAAUGGUUUGCCCUCUUACCUGGGUCCCUGCUGGGCGCCAAGCCUCCUCUGAAGCUGGGUGAUACUCAUCUAGCGUCUGGAUUCCGAACUCGGCUUGUAACAAUUUAAAAAGUCAGGUCAUUCAUUGGCUGAGAAUGUUGCUUCUUCGCUAAUCCCCUCCUCAAUGGUACCCCCAACUAUAGAGCUCAAAGUGUCAAUUCAGUGGUGAGUGGAUAAUGAACCCCUAUUUUCAUUUAAAUUUGUGACUACAACCAUAGUUGUAGUCUAUGUGCAUCAUUUCAUUUGUGAGACAGAAGCGAUGUGUAAAUCCUUGUGGAAUAAAGAGUGAGGAGAAGGGAAAUGGAGAGACAAACAAAGAAGUAGGAACACUGUUUUGUAUGUCAAUAUUUGUUUUAUAUCUCUAGUGUAUUAUUGUGAAGCGCCGUGUAUUAUUAGCGUGCACAUAAUUUCUCACAUAUGGCUUCUGCUAGUUCACGUGAAACUGAGAUGGGUGGGUUUGUGUGUGAAGAAACUUUCUUAGCUCAGAGGUUAGUCAGAUAAAUCAAACUGACACCAUUUUAUGGCAUUACAUCCUUUCAGGCUUUUUAUUGUAUAUUACUGUAAAAAUGUUUGCCAGAUAAAAUAUCCAAUAUGAUGCAUGUGCCUUUAAGGAAAACUUCUAACUCUGUGUAUUUCUUUCCAAUAGAUGGUUCUGUGAACACAUUAGAAGCUGAUGCAUUUAGAAACCUCUCUGUUUCUAAAUCUAAUUAUUUAGUAAGAAAUGAGGAAGUCCAAACUGGACAUAUAAGAGCCCCCAUCGGAAAAAAUAAAACAAGACGGGAACAAGGCAUAUCUCUUAGACACAAGGAAGAAUCAGCCUCAUGUGGACAAGAAAAUUACACAACCAAUGACAAGCACACGCAUGCACAGACAGAAAAUCCAUCUAGUCUUAUUAAGGAGGAAUCCACCUCACAUGAAGAAGGAAAUCUCAUAGACCCUGACAUUUAUACAAACACUGAUCAAAUGCAGACGGAAAUUCAAUCUAUUUAUAUAAAGAAACAAUCAGCCUUUGGUAGAGAAGAAAAUCUCACAACCACUGACAAACACACACAUUUACAAACAGAAAAUCCUUCUACUAUUAUUAAGGAGGAAUCCACCUCACAUGAAGAAGGAAAUCUAAUAGAAACUGACAUUUAUACAAACGCUGAUCAAAUGCAGACGGAAAUUCAAUCUAUUUAUAUAAAGAAACAAUCCGCCUUCAGUGGAGAAGAAAAUCUCACAGACACUGACACUUAUACACCGACCAUACAGACAGAAUAUCCAUCUAUUCAUAUUCAGGAGGAACCAGCCUCAUGUGAACAGGGAAAUCUCACAGACACAGACAUUUAUAAACCCAGAGAACAUGUUCAAACAGAAUAUCCAUCUACUCUUAUUACGGAUGAAUCACCCUCAUGUGAAGAAGGAAAUGUGAAAGAUACUUGCAUUCAAACACUCCCUUGUUUUAUUGAAAUUCAAGAUGUAAUGAAUAGUAACCCUCAACAAGUAGUGACCAUGACAUUGAGAAAUCAUAAGUUCAAUGCUAACUCUGAGAGUUGUAAGGUUCUAGCUGCAUUCUCAGAUUAUGGUAAACGUCAAAGAGUUCAUGAAAAUAAUAAAGCAACAACAGUUGGUUCUGGGACAAACCAUUCCAAGUAUAUCACAAAUUUCAUUGCACGUCACAAUUCACAUAUCAGACGGGACAAGACUUGUCGAAGAGAGAAAGUUUCUUGUUCUGAAUGUGGAAAAUGUUUCGCUAAAUCAAAACUUACACGUCACAAGAGGAUUCAUACAGGAGAGAGACCAUUUUGUUGUUUAGAAUGUGGGAAAAGAUUUAAUCAGAAAUCAAACCUUACAGUUCACCUGAAAAUUCACACAGGAGAGAAACCAUUUUCAUGUUCUGAGUGUGGGAUUAAAAUGACUGCGAAGGCCUCUCUUAAAAAGCAUCAGGCAUCACACAAGAAAUAAACUAUUUCCUUUCCUCUAUCGGAGCUCAAAGUGUCCAUUCAGUGGUGAGUGGAAGUUGAGCCCCUGUUGUCGUUUAAAUGUGGGCAUGUUCCCCAGAGUUGCAGUUUAUAUGCAUCAUUUCAUUUGUGAGACAGGAGCAAUAUGUGCGUCUCACUCUGUACACAACUCUAUCUCCCUGCAGGACAAAACAAGAAAAUGAUAGAGUGCAGAAAUACAUCCUGUGUUUUGUUGUUUAAAGCUUUUAUUGAACUUUUUAUAACAUGACAUGAGUUUGUGGGUAUUCGGAACACCUUCAGUAUAAUGAGUAAAUGCAGCACAAAAAAUUUAGGAGGAGGGGAAAUGGAGAGAGAAACAAAGAGGGGAAAAAAAUGUAUGAUAUAACUGCGAUGCUCUAUGUGCAAAGCUACCAUGGAAAUGAGUAGCCUCAAUUCGCUCUCCUAAGAUACCCUGAGCGAAAUCUCCAGGAACGCUCACUCACAAUGCGAAUAGGUUCAUAUUCAUUCCAGGUAAAGCGAAAUGGUUUAAUUUAUAGCAUUAGCAAGCUUUUCUGUUUAAAGUAUAUGCUAAAUUUGGGCGUCCGCUUUGGAAAGAACGGUUAUCUUACACUUUUUGAAUUACAUUCUUAAAGCAACACUUAGUCAGAGAAUGAGUUUGUGAGUGUUCGGAUCACCUUGAGUAUAGUCUUGAUUAAGGAGAGGGACCCAUAUCCCCUCUCGGGGGUCAGUUGCACAUGUAACAAUGUCUGGUCAGUUUUACUUAAUUUGUAAUAGUAGGAACUAAAAGGAAAGGGUGGCUAAAGGAGGACAUCUUCGAAGAGAGACACUGCAUAAGAGAGGGGUUGGAUAAGGAACAGAGAGAAUAGGAAGGAACAUGCUAGAAUGAGACAUGUGGUAUAAAGGAAUAUUUGGAGGCUGACGUGGAGGAAAGAAAGUAUUUAGGGAGCUCUGAGAAAUCUGUGGUAAGAAGCAAGGCGGCUGAGAUGACCUGUUAAAAGAACACUAUAGCAUUAAUAAUGCUAAUGUGUAUUCCUAACACUAUAGAUAGUACCCUUGUCACCAUUUAGGUAAUGCCCCAUCCACGAGGAUUAUCCGUUAACGUGGCAGACGCUGCUCUGUCUGCGGCUCGUCUUGCCUUCUUGGCAGAGAUGUGUAUGUGCCAGUCAGAUGGUCUGUGAGAUUAUCUGAUUAAUUAUUGAAGGACAGCAGCCACUAGAGACAGGCUAACCCGGCAAAGAAAACAUUGUCUUUCCUUUAGUAUUGCAAUGUUUUCAGCUGCAGGUUAAAAUGGGGGUGCAUGGUACCCAGACUUCAUUGAGAUGAAGUGGUCUAGGUACUUAUAGUGUUCCUUUAAUUAACCAAAGAAUAUUUAGGUUGACAUGUUGCAGAGUCCACUAGUUUAUUUACCAUAAAGCCGUGUGUAUAAUUGUCUGAUAUUUGUCCAGGGUUUGUGUUCCUGACCCUAUAGUGUUCCUAAACCACACACUCAAAGUGCUUUCAAGUAUUUGUGCACAUCUCACAAGAAUACCAAAAAUGCAUAGAAAACCUACCGGAUUGAUUCAAUAUGAGAGAGAAAACAGAAAGAACCCAUAUAGUGUAAUACUGAUCUUUAAAGGACCACUGUAUGCACCCAGACCACUUCAGCUUAAUGAAGUGGUCUGGGUGCCAGGUCCCUCUAGGAUUAACCCUGAGGGGGCACCCUCAGGGCACUAUAGUGCCAGGAAAACGAGUAUGUUUUCCUGGCACUAUAGUGGUCCUUUAAAUAUGCAAGUGAUGUGUAUAUGAGUUAAACCAUCCACAAACACAGAGCUGGUAGAGACUGAUCAGGCUGUUAAUGCUCCAAUACGCCACCUCAGUAGGGGACAGUGUAGUUAAUUCCUCCUGGACAAGUGAUGGUCAGCAGAAACUGUUCAAUGAUUCUAUUUCACAAAUAAAACUAUUUAAAAAGCAGAUAAAUACCCGGUAUAUCACCCAAGUUCUUUCUAAUAACAGCUGCCCAAUGCGAGCGUUGGCAAACUGGCACUCCGAGGUAUACUACACUUGGAACUCUUGCGGGAGGCGAGUCAAUGACGUCCUGAUUACACAAUGUGUUGCUUUAAUGUGGGUGCUUCCUGACUAAAACAAUAAAUACAUGUAAAUAAAGAGGAACUGUCAAUGUUGAUGUUAUAGUUUAACCCUUUAAGGACGGAGUCAGUAGUACAAGUUGUGAUCAAAACAAAACGUAAACAAAACCUGGAACUUGCGCGAAAUGUCUGUUCAACCAGAAUUCAUCUCUUUCAUAUUAAGUGCACCCACACUUAUUAUAUAGCAUUUAAUUCAGGAGAAACAGGGAUUUCAUAUUAAAUAGUUAUAUAU